UAAUGGUCAUAUCUGUUUUAGGAUCCUAUAUACGUUGAAGAUAUCUAUAUAUUUCUGAGUACCAGAUAUCUCAGUAAACAAAAAGAAUACAAUCAUUAUGGCAGACGAAGAAGGUACAGACUGGCUUCAGGAAUUGCUACAUGAUGUACAGCUCUCCCAGUUCUUUACGCGAAUUCGAGAUGAUCUGCAGAUUACUCGUCUGCAUCAUUUUGAUUAUGUCCAAGCAGAAGAUUUGGAGAAAAUUGGUCUGGGAAAACCUGGCGUCAGACGCUUGUUGGAUGCUGUAAAGAAAAGACGAAACACUCAGUGGAAAAAGAGUUUAAUUACCAAAAUUAAACCUGGUAGCAGCGGUAAGAGCAACAAACGAUCCUCACAGCCCAUUGAAACUUCUUCGGUGCUGACAUGUCUCAUCCAAGACAAAGAUGUAACAUUGUCCGUUAAAUUAGGCGAUGGAAGCUUUGGUGUAGUGAGAAGAGGAGAAUGGACCUCUCCCUCGGGACGAACUCUGCCCGUUGCAGUUAAAGUCCUCAAAGCAGAUGCUCUAACACAGCCGAGUGUUAUAGAAGACUUCGUUUCGGAAGUUCAAGCAAUGCAUACUUUGGACCAUCAUAAUCUUAUUAGAUUGUAUGGUGUGGUGCUGUCACAGCCGAUGAUGAUGGUAACCGAGCUUGCUCCUUUAGGCGCAUUACUUGAUUAUUUACGACAGCAAUGUGGCAGAAUUUCGAUUCUCACGCUCUGUAACUAUGCGUUGCAAGUUGCCACAGGUAUGGCAUAUCUAGAAGCAAAGCGUUUUUUACAUCGCGAUCUGGCAUGCAGAAAUGUUUUGUUGAGUACUAUCGAUAAAAUAAAAAUCGGCGAUUUCGGUUUGAUGAGAGCGCUUCCUCAACAAGAAGACUGUUAUGUUAUGACGGAACAUAAAAAAGUACCUUUUCCCUGGUGCGCUCCCGAGUCUCUCAAGGCUCGGCAUUUCAGUCAUGCAUCAGACGCCUGGAUGUUUGGUGUGACGCUAUGGGAGAUGUUAACGUUUGGUGAGGAACCUUGGCUAGGCUUAAACGGUUCCGAAAUCUUACGUAAAAUCGACCGCGAGGGCGAGCGGCUUCACAAGCCAGAAGCAAUGCCUCCAUAUAUGUACGAAUUGAUGCUUCGUUGUUGGGCGAGAGAACCCUCGGAGAGACCGACAUUCGCUUUGUUAAAGGAGUCACUGACUGGUACGGUACCAUCUAUAAUGAAAGCUCUAACUUCUUUUGAGGAAGCUGGCAAGAUGUCCAUUGAGUCAGGAGACCAAAUUGCGAUCAUAGAUGGACAACCGGAAAACUACUGGUGGAAAGGUCAAAAUCAACGGACUUUUCAAAUAGCGCAUUUUCCACGCUGUCUGGUUGACCCAAUGCGCCGAAAGCAACCAGAAGACAUCAGCAAACCGUUGGAGAAUUCUUUCAUUCAUACAGGACAUGGAGCGCCCUUCGGCAAGAGUUGGGGCAGCCCUGUUUACAUUGACGAUGUAUAUUUAAGAAACCCAAUGGAUCCUCCGGAUGUGUUGGUGGCAGCCUCGGCUGACAAUCAGACAAAAAAGAAGUUCUCUUGUGGUACUCCACGUACCAGAAAACAAUUCAAUUACACAAAAUUGCAUAACGAUGCCAGGUCGAGUCCUAUUAAGGUCUCACAAGCGUCAUCGACCUCGGGCAUUAACCAAGAGGAUACUUUGAUCGAUUUGUCCGCCGAGGAGGAAUCGGCGAGCAUAAACAUGCACGAUCAGAAAAUUGCAUGUAAGCGAGUAAUUAACAUUCUAGAUGAACCUAUCGAUGGUGAAAAAUUCUCUUGGCAGGAUGAAGAAAGCAGAACGUAUGCCAAUUUUCCUGGUAAUGUGGAUCCUGCGUAUUCUGAUCCUUUUGAUACCUCCGCGGUAUUCAUGAAGCCACCACAUUCGCGAUAUUAUAGUCAUGUGCCUGCUGAUGUCAAUGCUGCUGUGCAUGCUAAUAAUUAUCUGAAGACACAGACAUAUAGAAACGUAAGUGAAGGAGGAGAUAACGUUCAAGAUACUGUGAAUCGUUUUGACCUUGAUUCCACUGAUAUAGAGGAGACUCGUCAAUGUUCGAUAAAUCCGAACAAGAGAUAUCAGCAGGAUGCGUUAAAUUUGAAUGUGAACAUGAAAGGAGACGAUAUUGCGAAUCACUACAGUGAAAUAGAUAAGAUCAGUCCGUGUGAAUCAAACUGGACUACCUGGCCAGAAGAUCUACGCAAUGCUUCCGCCACGCAGAUGUAUAUUAACAUUUCAGACAGCAAUCCCACAUCAUCAUUUACUAUCCCAAGUCCUCCUCCUCCUCCUCUUGCUCCUCCUCCUCCUCCUCCUCUUCCACCUCCUCCUCCUCCGCCUCCUCCUUCUCUUGCCCCGAACGUGAGCCCGCCGAAACCCAAAUCCAAUUGCGAGCUUGCACAGAGCAUGAACGAACUAUCGUUGAAUACUAAUUCCAAUGGUCAAGAAGUUGCUGCUGUUGUUAAGAAGCUAGAUCCGGUGUUUUUGGCUGAGUUAGAGAAACAUUUAGGCGAAAAGGAGGCGUCUAAGAACACGAACGCUACCAAUGGCAAACAUCAACAACAGGAAACUGUUUCCGCGAAUUAUCUGCACUACUCAUCGUUAGAGAAACUGCAACAGAAUUUUACGUCUUCUCAGCAGCUUUCAUCAACAAUGGAAGAUGCUGCCAAGCCUCUGUCAAUUAUCCCAGCGUUAAAGCCUCCGCCGCAGGGAAAACCAAAGUCGCCAGUGGCUACGAUGGAUCAAGCAAACUCUUCAUCGGCGCUAUCUAGCAAGGUGCAGAACUCCUGGCAACCAAAAAGCACAAAUGUUCAAAGACCGCGACUCCAGAAUGAUCAGUGUGUAUCAGAAUCAGCCACCGAGGCUAUUGUGAGUCAAAUUUGGCACCAAACGCAAACUCUGUCUCAGCAGAACAUUUGCCUGGCCAAUUCGGCUGUUAACCAAAUGUUAAUUCCUGUUUCGAUGACGCAAACGAAUGUUAAUCAGGAAAUUAGGUUUCAAGAAAUCGGUAGCAACGCUUUCAGUAAUGGUACGAAUGGUCAAAAUAGUUCCUGCAAUGUCAUCAAGCCCACUCUUGUACAGACACAAACUUGUUUGUCAAAUCAGAAUUGUCCUCAAAACAUGUUGCAUGUCAAUCAGAAUAUGAGUUUGCUUGAAAGAACCUCUGAUAAUACUAUCGGUAGUAACACGAACGAGGCUCAGCAUGGACCUUGCAACGUCGUCAAGGCUGCGUUUGAUCAAACACAGGUCUAUUCAUCAAACAGCCAGAAUUAUCUUCAAAAUUCAUUGAGCAUUGAUCAAAGUGUUUUCGAUCUGCGGCAGAUUGCCAUUAGUAACAUUUCUAAUACCAGGAAUUAUUCUCAGUGCGAUUCAGCUAAUAUUUUUAAAGCAAAUCAAUCCCAAGUUUACUCAUUAACUGACGGAAGCCAGAAUUAUCUUCACAAUACCAGCUUCAAUCUCCUUCAAACGACUGCCAAUCAUGUUUCCGAUAAGAACGCGAGCGAAUUCUCUCAGCAUAGGCAUUGUAAUGUCUCCAAAGUUAGUUCUAAUCAAGCACAGAUUUAUUCGUUGUCAAAUCAAAAUUACUCGCCGAGUAUAGCACCAGGUUUUCAUCUGGGCGAUCUCGCGUUGCCUCAAACCUGUCUUCAAAAUGUGCCAAUAUCGUCCAACACAAAUAACAUUCAUGGAAUCACUCACAUACAAAACGAUUUGCAGCAGUCGCAACAUUUAAAGCCCGUUACAGUUUUAUCUGAACAAGUAUAUGCCGAAUUGAAACAAACGGUUCCUAAUUUAGAGCAACUGUCUCAGAACGAGUUUAAUACGCUCUACAACAAAACUGUUCGGCAGAACAUUCUUCGAAAUUAUUAUUCUAAUAAUUUGAGUAGUGAGUCCAGCCAAAAUUAUCAGGAAACUGCUAGUAACCAACAGCUACAAAAUAGUAUCACCGGGAAGAAUCAGUCUAUUCAAGGACACACUUGUGACUUUAGUCCUUAUUUAAAACAACCACCGAUUUAUAAUCCUCCACCUCCUCCUACUACUACUAGAAGCCCGCUUAAAUCUAGCCAGAGUUAUGUGCAAAGUCAUUAUCCCGCAGCCAAAUGUAACUUGAGUGCACCUUCCAAUCUGUUACAAGCUGAAGCUUCUACAUCGACUAGAAGUGCAUUAGCGACUCUGAAUGACUUUGCUGCUGCCAAGGUGAAUCUAUUGCAGGUCAAUCAGCAUUCAAUCGGCACAAGUCCACCGCUCACAGCAGCUUCCCAGCAAUUGGUAAUGUCAUUGAGCGACGAAUUUAGAGCGAGCAAAAUCUUGAAAGUGCAAAAAGAAACCGUAGAUGCGUCGCAGCAGGAAGUAUUAGCUGCGUUACAGGCAACCGGUUGGGAUACAAAUCAAGCCGCCAAACAGAUCGCGAAGGACAGGCAGGCCAAACUUGAGACUCUUAUGAGGUUGGGAUUGGCUACUAAACAACAAUGUGAAAACGCUUUAAAGGAGACUAAGUACGACGUAGAAAUGGCAGCUUCGUUGCUGCUCGAUCAGGCCAGAUGAAAAACAAUUAAUGUCCUGAGAUCUCCUUUGACAUAGCUUUAACUCUGCAUAUGCGUUUAUUUACGAAAAAAAGUAAUAAAUGAAAACUAUUGUGCUGAGGAAGCAAAGAUUGAUCAGAGGUUACAUAUGAAUAUCUUUUGCAUUCCGAUCACAAUUUAGCGAUUAGUCGAUGCCUAUUGGGAUGAAAUAAAAACUGUUUUUGCGCAUAAUCGACACGUGAUACUGGUAAAAAUACCACCAAUGACAUUAUUUUUAAGAUAUAACAAAUAUAAUUCUGAAACUGUGAUAUGUUAUUGAUUUUUAUCUGGAUUUACGAUCUUAUGAAAGAACUUCUACAGUUCUUGCGAUAAAACAUUGUAUUUUUAUUUACAGCAGAUAAUGAUGUUAAAAUAAGGUUUUGAAAUUAAGUAUAAUAUUAAAUUACAUACAGACUCACUCUGUUUGAUAACCUUAGUUCAAUUUUUUAUCAACUGUUUGUCGAAUACUUGAACAAUAAAUGAUAAGAGGACUAAUAAGUCUACGCGACUAAUCUCAGUGUACAAUAUUCUUAUUAAAAAUUAUCAAUUUUAUUUAAUUUUCCACGGAUAUUUUGGUUCCAUUUCGAAUUACCUUCAGCAUAUAAUAACGCAAAAAUUCAAAAAUUUUCAUAGUAAAGUUGGCUAAGUUACCUCCCCAUUAUCAAUCCUGCGUUUCUGACACAUGAUUUAGAAAGUCAGGUGGCAAUAAACAAAUUAACUGAACCGAAAUUCGGUCAAUUCCUUGAAUGCCAAGGAGUGCAGAUUUAUAAACAGUCAAGACGUAUAAAUUUGCUAAUCGUGUUAAUAUAAAAUUCGCAAAGCAAAGUAAUAAUUUGAUUCGCACGGAAGUCAACAUUAAAAUAAAUCAGUGACACAAGAUUAUUAAUCAUCAUUAUAAUCAUGAUAAUGAGGAGGUACUUAGCUAACUUUAUCAUAAGGAUUUUUUAAUUUUUGCGUUAUGUGCCAAAGAUAGCCCGAAAUGGAACCGUAAUGUCCAUAGAAAAUUGAUAAUUUUUAAUUAAAAAAAUAUUGCGCGUUGAUUAUUGCAUACACUCUCAUUAGUCCUUUUAUCUCAUUAGUCAUUUAUUCUUGACAUUUUCGAGAGUUUAGUAUUAAUUUAUAAUUUGAGCAACUAGUCUAGCUGGCUGAAUUUUUACUAAGGUGUUGCUAUAUAUAUUUCUCCAAAUUUAUAAUAUUUAUUCAUAAAUAAUCAUUUUUAACAAAUAAAUUAGAAAAUCCAUUGAAAACGUAUAUGUCAGCAAGCAUGUAAUGUUAGGCGCAUAAUCCUCAAAGAAUUAAUGCUUUUAUAUACAUCAAAUAGUGAAAUGAAUUGAUUUAAAGAAAAUGUAAACAUAUUUAAUUUUUUUUCACUACAAAUAACCAUUAUAGUACACUGCCAAUAUCCAUAUGUUCGCCUGCAAAAGCAAAGCGAGAUUAAGUUACAAGUAAUGACGUUUAUAUAUGUUGUCAACAAUUAAGUUGUAAGAUAUGAGUCUAUCACAUUUUUGCGAAGUAACGAGUUUAAUCUUUGUACAUGGCAAAGCACUAUCGCGGCUUCUACUCGCUCACAUAGCAAUAGCGUUUUCCGAUUAUAUGUAUUUUUAUUACGUCAAUCGAGUCUUCACGUAAAAGUAUUAAAGUAAGUUUACCGAAAAGGAUUCUUUACGAAAUCUUUCGUGUUUUAGAUCAAAAUAUGUCGGAAUAAAACAUGAAAUAUUUCACAAACUAAUGGAAUAAAAUAUAUCUCGCUUUUAUCCUGUUUUAAUAUUUUGAUGUAUAGAAUGACCAGCAAAAUCGAAAUAUGUGCAAAAAUAUUUCAUUAGAAAAAUUGAUAACAUUGAUAAUGUCAUCAUAAGAUAUAUGCUAUAAAAACAUUUUAUUUUCGUGCAUUGUUUUUUUGAAACUUGAACUUUUAUUCGAACGGUUUUUAAAAAUUGCUUUUAAAUAUACUCUCGAUAUAAUUGUGAGGUUUCUUUACUUUUUAUAUACAUAUAUGUAUAUAUGGGUCAUCCAUACGAAGACACAAAUGGUUCUGUCCAAAACAUGGUUUGAUCUAUUUUAAACGUACGAAUAUGUCAAAUGUUAGCUUAUUUUAUGUAGAAUCGAAAGUCAUCUGGCGAUUUUGGAAAAUUCCAAAAUGGCGACCAUGACGGCGUAGUCUGUUGUGUAUGAAUUUUUUUUGAACAAAUUUUAAUUACCGAAGCACAGAGAGCUAAAUAUUUUUUCUAUUUCCAUAAAUUAAGGUUUUUAGGGUCGCUGAAUACGAAUUCGCAGUCAUAAUUGUGAAAUUAAUUAUGUAUCCAACAUGACAGCCAAAUUUAGCCAAUUUCCAAAAAUUAUUUUUUUUGCACAAGACUCAGCAAAUAGGGAAUUUUUUUUAUUAUUAUGAUGAUGUUAUUUUUUGAAGUUAUUAAAACAAAAUUCGAAGUACCGAAUUCAACAUAACAAUAUAUGGCAUAUGGCCAAUCCUAAUUGCAAGGUGGAAGAGUUUUUUACGAUUACGUUAUCAAUUGGCCCCUGUUUUAUUGGACCUCUGAUUGCAAAUUAUCACAUUUUAUUCAAAGUUCGAGAUUGUAAA